AUCCCCGACUUCUUCCUGAAGAGAAAAAAGACAUCUGUUGAGGAGAGUCCAUCCUCACAGAAAAGUGUGCGCUCUUCUCAGGAGGAGACCUCGGACAUCGAGUUUUAGUAGGAAAACAAACUCAAAGUGCCUACAGAUAGAGCAAGUUGGCAGGAAUAAACAGAAGGAAGAAAAGGGAGGAUAAACUACGCAGUUAAAGAGCGGAAAAGAGGAGAGGUGACCCCAGCCGAAGCGAUGUUUGGCAUGCUCAAAAAUUCGCUCUUUGGAAAUAACGAGGAGACGGAAUAUAAAAUGCUCAGCAGCGAAUCAAAGGAUGGAGUUAGCUUUGAGGUGCGUCGGUAUGAUCCAGCCAAGUACGCUACCAUCUCCUCUGAGGGACGAACCUAUGACCAGGUGACCGGGGAGCUAGUGAGGAAGCUGCUCAUGUAUAUCGGUGGGAGCAACGAACAAGGUGAAGCCAUGGGUAUAGCCUUUCCUAUCAUCAUCACAGUGUAUCCACGAAAUGAUGGCGUUCUCUCCCGACGUUUGGCAGUAGCCAUCCGUAUUCCCAACACCUAUCAGAUAAGCCCUCCAACUCCCACAGACAGUGCCAUCAGGAUUGAAGAUCGGCCUGGCAUGACCGUCUAUGCUCUUCAGUUUGGUGGCUUCGCAGGGGAAAGCGAGUACCGAGCAGAGGCCUUGCGUCUGACGCGCACUCUGGGUGAGACGGCUCCAUUUCAGCGCAAGCAGUACUUCUGUUGUAGUUACGACCCACCGCUCAAGCCUUACGGACGCAGAAAUGAGGUGUGGUUUCUACAGGAAGAGCCGUAGGAGCCCUUCACUUACACAUGGCACAAUCAUUUCUUUAUUAAACCAUAAUUACCUGGUUAUCACUUAUAGUUGUUGGAAAAACUGAAAUCGGGUGUGACAGAAGCAGAAAAUUUCAAAUUUGAGAUAAACUGAGUAACCAACCGGUUUAAUAGUUUUUAUAGUAGUUUUUAUUGCAGAUGCCGUUUCCUGUUCAGAAUUUACAUUUGCAAUGAUUGCUCAAUUAAACAGCAGUUGACGGGAGGGAAAUACAUAAAUUUCAAUUAAACUGGUACGCUUCUGAAAUUUUACUACUGACAUGAAAGUUUGAAAAAUCUUAUAUUUAUCUAAAGUUAGUUGUAAAAUCAUUUAUGUUAGAGAUAAGUUUGUCAUUAAAGAUACUGAGUCCCAGUAGAGCUUCGAUCUCACCGACGAAAACUUUGCACAUCUUUAACCUAGUUUACAACCACAAAGAAAUGUAAGAAAAAAUUAACAAUAGAGAUCUGAUUGUCAAAAAAUAAUCCUCCUUUUCCUAAGUAGGGAACCAGACAUUAACAGGAAUUGAGCCAUAAAGUAGAAUUAGGCUUUAUGAAUCAGUGUGUGGGCAGCUGUGAGUGGAACAUAGCUACAUCCUGGUGUUGUUAUAAACUUUGUGAUUAAUUGUUGGUUUAGAAAACCUGUGAAAGGAGUGAAUAUUUUUUGUUUUAGUGUAUCACAA